UCACAAAAUAAGUAGUUAUAAUAAUUCCAACUAUAUUGUUACCGUGGAACUCUUAUUCUAGUGUAGAGGCGGUCUGUACUAUAUAAGCUAAGUGAUUACUUUGGUCUACAUAGGACUUAGGACCUUUCAGCCUCUCCUAUUUCUCUUAUACCACCCAUAUUCUAUUGAUUAUAAUGCUCCUCACGUUUAUCAGCUUCUACAUGCUGGCUGUUCUAAGCUUGGCUUCUUCAAUUCAUCAGCCAGGCCAAGGCGAGAUUCAAGCCCGGGGUACCAAAACAACAGCGCUUUAUAACCAACUCGCUGACGAAGUAAAAUACUCAAGACGGCCUGCAAAGCUGGUUCCUAACCACUUCUACGUACUUUCCUUCCACAUACGCGGACAUGGACCAAUCGCAGAGCAAUGGGGCUUAAUUGUAGGCUAUAUUAGCAGCAGUAAAACACGAAACAGGGUUGGCCUACAAUCAACGACCUUGGACUACACAGCCAGGCUAUACAGCGCAAGCUGGAUACCGCCAAAGGGAGAAAUACCGGCACAAGGGUUGGAACCACAAAGAUGGAAAACACCGGGCCACUGGGUAUGGGGAUCCCAACCUUGGAAAGGUGCCUGGGACCUUCAAAACACCGACGUUCGUUUCCUUGGAGGGACGACAGCAGCCCGUGCCAAUCUAGACAGGCUUAAAGCAGCAUCUGAAAGUUGGGUGCAACGAGCUGGAGACCGGAAUGACUACAAGAAAGCUCAAGACCCAGAUAGAACACCUAUCAAUCAGUUGCCAUUCAGCAAGAGGGGCUACAUGCAAUAUAUAGCAAGAAUACUAGGCAACGACGACAAGUUUACGCCAACGUAGCUACCUACGCUUAAAUAACUACAAGGGCAGAAAUAGGCCCCUCCUAUAUUAUAAACCUAAGAAGGUUUAGUAUAAGAUUAACUAUAUAUAAUAAGAUAUUUUAUAAUAACAC